AUGUCUCUACCAGAAGCUUACCAACAUGAGAUCCAAGCUCUCAACCGGCAGGUUCUGCAAACCUGUCCUUCCGAUAUCCUCCAGUUCUGCGCCGACUUCUUCCUCUCGCGACUAGCAUCCGAACGAGCGGCGAGCAUUUCCAUCUUCCGCGACCGAGGCACCCCCUCGCCAAGAUUCUCUCCGUCGCCUACCAGCCACUUUGCAAUGAUGUCUAGCCAAUUCUCGAGCCCUUUUGGGGCCAACGCCAACCCCUUUGGCGGCAGCACGUCGCCCAUGGCAUCACCCAACGUGAUGCACCGCGUCGUUGAGGAGGACGAGAGCGAUCAUCUGGCCCCCGGCGCCCCCUUGUUCUCAGGAGCAUUUGGGGGCGACGCAUCUACCGAGGCUCCACCGACCAUGAGGGCCCCCCCUACCACCGAUAGCUAUCCGGCACAGUACAACUUUGGACGUCGGACGUCCGUUUCAGCAGAGUCGCUGAAGCCGAGCGCCGACAGCUACGACAACUGGACCCCUCCCUUCACCGAAAAGACCCCCGAGCAGGUUGAGCGACUCAAGCAUGCCAUUGAGGGAAACUUCCUCUUCAACCACUUGGACGAUGAACAGAGCGCACAGAUUCUGGGUGCUCUUGUCGAGAAGCCCAUUCCCGCCAGGGGCAUCAAGGUAAUCAGCCAGGGAGAUGCUGGUGACUAUUUCUACGUAGUUGAGCGUGGCUCGUUUGAUGUCUAUGUCAACCCCUGUGGCUUUAUUGAGCCUGGCCCGGAUGGAUUGGGCAACAAGGUCAGCAGCGUCCAGGCUGGUGGCUCCUUUGGCGAGCUUGCUCUCAUGUACAACGCUCCUCGUGCAGCAACCAUCAUCUCUGCCGAGGGAAGCUGCACCCUGUGGGCUUUGGACCGAGUGACAUUCCGUCGUAUCCUCAUGGAGUCUACCUUUGCUCGUAGACGGAUGUACGAGAGCUUCCUAGAGGAAGUGCCCAUCUUGUCUUCGCUUACCCCCUACGAACGAUCCAAGAUUGCAGAUGCCCUCGAAACACAAAAGUUCGCCCCAGGAGACGUCAUCAUCCACGAGGGCGACCCUGGCCACUCCUUCUACCUCCUCGAGCACGGCGAGGCAGACGCAUUCAAGGGAAACGAAAAGGUGCUGUCAUACAAAAAGGGCGACUUCUUUGGCGAGCUGGCGCUGCUUAACGACGCUCCGCGAGCCGCUAGUGUCGUGGCUUCGACGGACGUCAAGGUGGCCACGUUGGGCAAGAACGCAUUCCAACGGCUCUUGGGCCCUGUCGAGGGCCUCCUCCGAAGGACAAGGUAUCAGGGCGUCAAGACGGGUGUGGAAGACAUGGACCCCCUACAGCAGUAA